AUGGGGAAUCUCUCGGGGAAUUCAGGUCUUCUCCUUGCUCCGCCUCACUUUUUGUCACGUAGAAGUCUUGAUCGGUUCCUUGCAUAUUACAUUGCUUUCAACCCCUCAGAGGCGCAGCAUAACACGUUUAUUAUAAGUCACCGUGAGCUCGACCCUUCCGAUCUCCAGAGUGAUAGGAAGGUAGAUCCGCAGAGUUUCGAUGAGCUUCUUCAAAUCUACCAUUCCGGCGUUGAACAGUAG